AUGAUGAAUUCUGGUUUCAGCGCAAACAUUUUUCCGUCAAGCUCCUCCCCGACGUCUCUGUACCAGAGUCACCAACUUCAGCCGAACCCAUCGACGGCGAUGUAUCAGGCUACUACACGAGAUUUGGGAAAACCUCCCGUACGUGGAAAAACUUCACCUUAUGGAUUCUUUGUAAAAAUGUGCUAUGAGGAGCACAAGAAGAAAUAUCCAAAUGAGAAUGUACAAGUGACAGAAAUAUCGAAGAAAUGCUCAGAGAAAUGGAAGACAAUGGUCGAUGACGAGAAAAGGCGUUUCUACGAGUUGGCCCAGAAGGAUGCCGAGCGAUACCAGGCAGAGGUAGCGGCUUACGGCGGGGAAGAUGCAAUGAGGAAACGAAAACGAGCAAAGAAGGAUCCACAUGCACCAAAAAGAGCAUUGUCCGCAUUCUUCUUCUACUCCCAAGACAAGCGUCCAGAAAUCCAGUCAGCACAUCCAGACUGGAAAGUCGGACAAGUUGCACAGGAGCUCGGAAAAAUGUGGAAACUAGUGCCACAAGAGACAAAAGAUUUGUAUGAGCAGAAGGCACAAGCUGAUAAGGAUCGGUAUGCUGAAGAAAUGCGCCACUACAAAUCAGAAAUGCAAAAAAUGACAGGAAUGGAACAGUAUGAGGAUGAUCACCUGGGACACCAUGUGGUACAUGUUGAUGAUAUUAAUAGCCAAAAUAUCUCCUAA